UCUUUGUAAAGAUGGGGUCUCCCUAUGUUGCCCAGGCUGCCCUCAAACUCCUGGGCUCAAGUGAUCCUCCUGCCUCCACAUCCCAAAGUGCUGGGAUCACAAGCGCAAGCCACUGCACCUGACCAAAACAAAACCUCUUAUGCUGAUGAAGUCCUCCAGAGUUGUAACUGGCCACAGCUUCUCCCAAUAUCGGCCUAAGUUAGAGUCCUUCUGCAUGUAUUCAGUAACAACUAACAGUGUGGAAGAGGCAGUGGGAACGUGACUCUGUGACUGCAUUUGGUUUGUUAUAGGAUCAUGUGAUAACAAAGAAACUACGUGCCUCAAGGUAAUUUCAGAUAUACCAGACUCAUAACAGGUGCGCACAAAAAAAAUGCCUGUUGAAUGAAUGUGUUAUUAUUUUUUUAACCAGGCGCUUCAAAAUAGUCUUCCUGUAACUCCAAAUGUAGAGAAUGCGUAUGCCAUGAUUGCCCACUAGGGGGCACUGUUCCACAUGGUCAGAGUAGACCGGAAGUUAAGGAAGCGAAGAAAUUCGCACGCCUUCAGUUUCCACUGAAACUGCGCCCGAGGGAGGGAAGGAAAGUUCCGACAGGUCGUACGUGUGGUCCUAAACAGUGGGUGACCGGAGAGGAUUAGAAAGUAAUUUCUUUGAGUUUGAGUAUACCAAAUUGCAAAACCAGAGUGAAGCCCUAGGAUGCUGGCAGCAGUCAGCAUGGAGAAGCAGCCUGUGUCCAAGAGGAGCCUGAGUGACUGCAGGGAGAAGAGUUUAGUAGGUGACAGGGACUGAGCUCAAAAGGGCAGGGUUGGUUUGUUUCUUUAAACAAAUAUUUAUUGAAUGUCUGUGAUGUGCCGAGAACUGUACCAGACACUGGGGUUUUGUGUUUGCUUGUUUGCACUGAGAAGGAGAAAACUGAAUGUCUUGGAAGGAGAAGGGUUGGGGGUGCCCACUCCACUCCCAUGUGGCAUGUGUGUGGGGCAGAGUGGGAGGUUAUUGGCAUCCUUCCCUUAGAAAGCUACAAGGAAAGUGGCACCCUCAGGGCAGUGUCCACUGAUAACAGGAGGCGGAGGGGCUUAGGGGGCCUGGCGAUUGUUUAUCUUGCAGUGGGUGUCAGUGAUGGAGGAAGCUGCUGGUGGCCUCACCUCCUUUUUCAUGAAGACCACCACCUUCCCCCACCAACCUGCCUGACCGCCAUCGAGUUGAUCAAGGACCUGGUCGGUUACGAUGUGCGCCAGGCGCUGCUCAAGGGCCUCGUGGCGCUGCUGAUACCGUCGGUCAAGGAGACCUCCAAACUGCAGGCCAAGAUCCUCACUGCUCACCCCCAGCCUGCCGAUGUUUUUGCAGCAGGCCGCGGCCGCCAAGGCCAUCGGGUAAGCGGGCAGGGGUUAGUGGGUAGCUGCAGCAAGCCUGGCUUGGCGCUGCCUGCGGGCCCCGGGAGCGCUCCAGACGCCGUGCGCCGGGUGGGCGGGGGUGUGUGCCGGGUGAGCCCCAGGGCGUCGCCGCAGCCCGAACCCCCGGCCCAGGGUCCUGGCGCGCAACGACAUGAGCAUCGCCGAGGAGCUGCUGUACCUGCGCGUGGUGCAUGGCCUAAUGGCCGCCAUGGGCAACAUGGACCACAGCAACAGCCAGCGGCUGGCCAGCCUCACGCUGGAGGUGCGCGCGGCGGCUGGCUAGGGGGCGGGAAGGGCGGCGGCACCCGCAGCCCAGUCGCCCCCGCAGUCACGCCGCCCCGCCCGCGCGGCGCAGUGCUUCGUGCAGAUGUUCCCCUUGGUGGCGGAGCACGUGCGCAAGUGCAUGGGGGAGGAACUCUACCAGCUCUUCCUGUCCCCAUCCUGGAGCGCGCCACAUGCAGAGCGGACCUGGCCACCAGCUGCAGGAGGGACUGCUCUGGCCUAGGCUCCUCCACCCGCCACCUUCCUGUUCCCUUUCCUGCCCUUUCGGUCAGGCUGCCGACUGGCCCCCCACCUGCAACAUCCCUCUGCCAAGCCCAACUCCAAGUCCAGACUGCCCUGGCACCCCAGCCGGGUCCCCCUUGCUCCUGUCCUCAGAGCAACGCUGAGGACUUGUACAUGAAAAUAGACAGCAUUCAGGCGGACAUCUUGGCGGCCAACAAAGUCAAUGUUACCAAAGCCCUGUGCCUCCAUGGCAGCUCCUACAGCAUGAACACUCUCUAUGGCUCGCGCGAUUCGGCUCAGAUGGCCUACCUCACACACUUCGAGGAGGAUGUAGAAUCAAAGGAGUAACAGCCCCUGUGGCAAACCAGGAAGGCCAAGGCUGCGGGGCAGGGAAGACUGGCAAGAGGAAGGCGCCUGGGGUCAAGCUCAGAGCCACUCCACUUGGCUCCAGGGGGGAGACGGGGAUUAGGCACCCCAGAGGGUCAGAGGGAGGGCCGCUGGCUGCGAAGAGUCAAUAAACAGCCUUGAUACCU